AGAAUGCAAACUGCCGUAAAACCUCGAAGAAGAAGACUGUCGCUAGCUCAGUGCAGCCAUGUCGGCCCUGCUCUGCCUCGUAGCAGGAGCAGUGUCCUGCUAUGUGAUAGUGUACUACGGUGUGUUCAGAGGAGCCAGCUGCUCAAGUUCAGUGUCGCUGAAGGGGAAGACGGCCAUUGUUACAGGAAGCAACACUGGCAUCGGCAAGGCCACGGCUCUGGAUCUGGCAAAGAGAGGAGCCAGGGUGAUCCUGGCCUGCCGCAGCCAGGAGAAAGCUGAGGCGGCUGCUUUUGACAUCCGCAGAGAGAGUGGGAACAAUCAGGUGGUGUUCAUGCAGUUGGAUCUGGCGAGUUUCAAGUCUGUUCGCAGCUUUGCUGAAACCUUCCUGAAGACUGAACCCAGACUGGACAUCCUCAUCAACAACGCAGGUGUGAUGGGUCCAGGACAGACGGAGGAUGGUUUCAGCAUGGCGUUUGGGGUAAACCACCUGGGCCACUUCCUGCUCACCAACCUUCUCCUGGAGCGACUACAGCAGUGCGGUCCCAGUCGAGUGGUCACCGUGGCUGCCCUUCUGCACCGCUUUGGCAACAUUGAUUUCCCUCUGCUGGCUUCCAAGAAGGAUUUAGUGUCUAGUCAGUCUACCUGGCACAGCUUUCAGGACCACUGCAACAGCAAGCUGUGUAAUGUGCUCUUCACCAGGGAGCUGGCCAACAGGCUGGAGGGCACCAGUGUCACCUGCUACAGCCUCCACCCAGGAGUCAUUUGCACAGAACUGUGCCGCAGUAUGAGCUUGUGGCAGCAGCUCCUCAUAAUGCCCUUUGCCAAGCUCUUCUUCCUGGACCCUGAGGGGGGGUCCCAGACCACCCUGUACUGUGCCCUGCAAGAGGGCAUCGAGCCUCUUAGCGGACGCUGCUUCUCUAACUGUGCACUGCAACAAGUGGGAGCCAAGGGACGAGAUGAUGCCCUGGCAAAGAAGCUGUGGGAAGUGAGCGAGAGGCUAACCAGUUCCUCAUAAGAGACGGAAUCUUAAUCCAGAAGCUCCAACCUCAACCGGCCUCCAGUGUUCAAGUCGUAGUGUUUGGCUGGUUUCUUAUGGUCUCAUAGAUGUACGAGGUAGUGGAUCUUUUGAAUAAUGACAGAGCAUAUUAAUAUUUCUAUUAUCUGCAUAACCUUACACUUGUGCUGCUGAUUAUCAGAUGGCAGUUUUCUACAAAGAUGUCAUGAUUGUGCUUGUGGCCAAAUUACAUUUAAAAAAAACCCAACUGAAAUCUGGGAAGUUUCAGUUACAAAUUCCACUUAAAUCCUACUUAAAAAAGCACAGGUAUGAGUGAUAUGAUAAUCUGCAGCAGGUACAAAUGUUAAUCUAAGUAAGGAAAAUGCAGAUACUCUUAAAAUCAGGCAUGUCGGCGGAGUCAUUAUAGUGCCCUGUGUAAAUAAACUCUAGUGCUCUCAAUGUCA